CUCCAAGUCCAUUCGCAGCUCAUCCCUCCCCGCGAUACCAUGGCGAACCACGAAGAGGACCACCACUAUCACCCCCAGGAUGCUGUCUCAGCAGCCAUCAAAACCACCAUGAUGACUGGUGGUAUUGGUCUGUUUGCCUCGGCUGUGCAGAACACCCUGGUCAGGCAGAACGUCGGCCCUCUGGGUAUCUUCAUGCGCAGCGGCGGCACCAUCACUAUCCUCGCCGCAAUGGGUGGUACCUAUGAGUUCGCCAAGACCGCCUCAGCCAACCUCCGUGAGAAGCAGGACCCUUUGAACACUGCCAUUGGUGGUUUCUUCUCCGGUGCGAUCCUGGGUCUUCGAGCCCGCUCCCUUCCCGCCGUUCUGGGAUACGGCGUGGCCCUCUCGACCGGCCUGUACGCGUUCGAUUACACCGGUGGCUCCCUCUUCGGAUACAGCAAGAACAAGACUGAGGAUGAGUUCGACCGCCGGACGAAGCUGCGCAAGGCUUUCCAGACCCCGGCCGAGCAGACCUUUGCUGAAUUGGGUGAAGGCCGCGGCAUCUACGGUCCCAACUACGAGGAGCGCCGCGCAGAGCGCAUCAAGGAGGCAUACGGCAUUGAGGUCCCCAGAUCCCCAGUCCCCGCAUCAUAAAAGCCUAUCCGUUCUUUCCUCCAAUAUCUUCCUCCUUUUACCCCAGUCUCGUUGUGUAAAUUACCCACUUUUCGUCAUGUUGCCUUAGCAUGCAGGAUACAGCAAUCCGAAACCAAUUUCUUAUUCGUGAG